AUGCCGUACGUCACCAUCCUGGCAUGGAAGUGUCCUGCUGGGCCACAUGUCACCAUGCCGUUGUCCCUCAAGCUCAUCCUCUUCGGGCUCAGCAACCAGAUGGUGGUGACGUUCAAGGAGGAGAACACCAUCGCCUUCAAGCACCUCUUCCUGAAGGACUACGUGGACGGCGCGGACGACUCCUACGCCGUCUACACUCAACGCAGCCUCUACGACCGCAUGUUUUACGCCGUGGAGAAGUACUUGGCCAUUCCCAACGAGACCAUCGGCCGCUACGCCUACGUGCGGGGGGAGAGCGGAGGCAACCAGUCGGCUCUCAUGCUGUGCCAGCAGUACUACCGUAAAGGGCGCAUCGAUCCGGCCAACGACACCUUCAACAUCGACCCCAAGAUUGUCACAGACUGCCUGGGAGUGGACCCCGAGGACCCGCAGCCUCUUCCUCCGGAGCUGGACCGCAGCUACAAGAACUUCACCCUCAAAUUUCACAAACUCAUCAACGUCACCAUCCAGUUCAAGCUGAAAGCCAUCAACAUCCAAACCAUCAUCAACAACGAGAUUCCCGACUGUUACACCUUCACCAUCACCAUCACGUUCGACAACAAGGCGCACAGCGGCCGGGUGAAAAUCCGCCUCGACAACCAGGCUGACAUCAAGGAGUGCAAAGAUCCCAGCGUCUUCGGCCGAGGUGACAACUCCUUCCGGCUGUUCUUUGACGUGGUCGUCAUCCUCGUCUGCUCCCUCUCCUUCAUCCUCUGUGCUCGCUCCAUCAUCCGGGGCCUGAUGCUGCAGCAUGAGUUCAGCCGGUUCUUCCGGCGCCGUUACAACCAGAGCGUGUGCCUGUCGGACCGCAUGGAGUUCCUCAACGGCUGGUACAUCCUCCUGGUGAUCAGUGACGUCCUCACCGUCUUGGGAACCAUCAUGAAGAUCGGCAUCGAAUCCAAGAACUUUGCCAGCUACGAUGUCUGCAGCAUCCUCCUGGGCACCUCCACGCUGCUGGUCUGGGUCGGGGUCAUUCGUUACCUCACCUUCUUCCAGAAGUACAACAUCCUCAUCGUCACCCUACGAGUGGCUCUCCCCAACGUCAUCCGCUUCUGCUGCUGCGUCGCCGUCAUCUAUUUGGGCUACUGCUUCUGCGGGUGGAUCGUUUUGGGCCCGUACCACGUCAAG